AUGUUUUCUUCAAAUCGUCUAUCCUGGCUUUCGCUGGUUGCUGGUAUUGUCGCUGGUGUCAAUGGAGGUAUUGGCGCUGAUGUUUCCUACCGCUUCCACGUCGACCCUCGCUCUGGCGAUCUCAUCUCUGACCACUUUGGCGGUCCGGUAGAUGAUUUCACUGGUCCGGCACAAAUUUCGAACAGUGGCUGGUCAACUGGACUUGAUAACGUCGGCACUCCUGGCUUGACCAACAUCCGCCGCGAGUUUCCAGACAUCGGUCGUAGCGAUUUCCGUCUUCCUGCCAUCCACAUCAGUCAUGCCGAUGGUGAUACUGUCUCUGCUUUCACAUAUCAAAGCCACGAAAUUGUUCAAGGGAAACCUGCACUGAGCGGACUUCCUGCAACAUAUGGAAAUGCUGGAGAUGUCACAACACUGAUCGUCAAGCUUUACGACAACUACUCGGAUGUCUCUGCUGCAUUGUCAUACUCGGUCUUCCCCGAAUACAAUGCAAUCGCAAGAAGCUUCCAAAUCACCAACAAUGGUACCAACAACAUUUCUAUCGAGAGAGCAGCCAGUUUCAGUACAGAUCUGCCCAAUCUUGACUUGAAAAUGCUUGAGUUGCAAGGUGACUGGUCCCACGAAGCCAACAGAGUCAUUAGAAAUGUCGAUUUUGGCGAGACCGGCUUCAGAAGUACCGAAGGCUACUCUUCUCAUAUUCACAACCCCUUCUUCGCACUCCACUCUCCUACCACAACCGAGACUACUGGCGAAGCUUGGGGAUUCAACCUUGUCUACACUGGCAGUUUUGCUGCAACUGCUGAGCGAUUCUCUCAUGGCUUUGUUCGUGUCUUGCUUGGGUUGAACCCUCUUCAUGCUAGCAUCCCUGUUGGACCUGGCCAGACAUUCCAAUCUCCCGAGGCUGUCGGCAUCUACUCAUCUCAGGGCAUCGGUGGCAUGUCACGUUCCUUCCACGAUCUGUAUCGUAACCAUCUCUCUAGAUCAAACCAUACUUUCGAGACAAGACCGGUUCUUCUCAAUUCUUGGGAAGGUCUUGGUGCCAACAUCAACGAGUCGUCGCUGGAGAAUCUGGCUCAAGAAACAGCUGAGCUUGGUAUCAAGCUAUUCGUCAUGGACGAUGGAUGGUUUGGCACUGCUCCCUAUGCACGCACAAACGACACUGCUGGUCUUGGAGACUGGACACCAAACCCUGCUCGUUUCCCCAAUGGUCUUGGUCCGUACGUCAACACUGUGGAUAGUUAUGCCGUUGCAAACAGUACCAAUGACCUCUCAUUCGGUAUCUGGGUUGAGCCUGAGAUGGUCAACCCCAAUUCUACGCUCUACCAAGAACACCCCGACUGGGUCAUGCAUGCCGGCAAUCACGUUCGCACACUCACUCGCACCCAAUUGGUCCUGAAUCUUGGACUCCCAGAAGUCCAGGAUUACCUCAUCAAUGCGAUUUCCAGCAUCAUCAAAUCUGCCAACAUCUCAUACAUCAAGUGGGAUAACAACAGAGGUAUCCAUGAAAUGUCAUCACCAGCCGCCGACUAUGCAUACACUCUGGGCAUGUAUCGCUUGAUGGAUAAUCUGACAGCCUCCUACCCUUCCAUCCUCUGGGAAGGCUGUGCCUCGGGCGGUGGUCGCUUCGAUGCUGGUAUCCUGCACUACUACCCACAAUCAUGGACGUCCGACAAUACGGAUGCUUCCGAUCGCUUGACCAUUCAGAUGGGUACAUCCCUCGCAUACCCUCCCUCAUCCAUGGCCUGCCACGUCUCCAAAGUGCCCAACGGGCUGACCAACCGCAACAUCUCCAUCGAGUAUCGUGCUCACGUAGCCCUGAUGUGCGGAUCUUUCGGCUUCGAACUCAAUCCAGUAGAUCUCAGUGCAGAGGAACGCGCUGCCAUCCCUUCCAUCAUUGCGACACACGACAAGAUCAAUCCCAUUGUUAUCUCUGGCUCCUUCUACCGAAUCGCAUGGCCUGGAGAUACAAACUGGCCCGCUGUGCAAUUUGUUUCGGAAGACGAGAACACAGCAGCGGUGUUUGCAUUCCAGCAACAAGCUGUCAUCAAACCUGCGCCUCCGCCGCUCAAGAUGCAGGGUUUGAACGGCACUGCGAGGUACUCAAGUAACUUGUUCAAUGGUACUUUAAGUGGUAACACAUUAAUGAAUGGAGGAUUGAACUUGGGCUGGCAGUUGGCCGAUUAUCAGAGUAUGCUGAUCUGGCUGUACAAGGAGUAA